UGGUAUGCUAAGUAACUGAAUAAGCUCACCUAGAACUGAAAGAGCUAACUUUCUCACAAGCAAAAGAUGUCUUUCACAAGCAAGCACCAAUUGGUUGUUAUGGCUAUGAUCUUCACUGUCGGGGUCCUGGGAUCUCUUGCUGCAGCUCGUUCUUUGAGUGAGGUCGAAGCCUCACCAAUCAUGACUCAUGACCAAUGGAUGUCACACUACAGCCGUGUGUACAAAGAUGCUGAUGAGAAAACCAUGCGUUCCACCAUCUUCAGUAAGAACCUGGAAUACAUAGAGUCAUUUAACAAGGCCAAUACCAAGCCAUACAAACUGGGGGUCAAUGAAUUUGCAGACCUUACAAAUGAGGAGUUCACAACCACAAGGAACAGAUACAAAAGCCAUGUAUGUUCCACAGCCACAAAUUUGUUCAGAUAUGCAAAUGUUAGUGCAUUGCCGUCUAGCAUGGACUGGAGAAAGAAAGGUGCAGUUACACCUGUCAAAGACCAAGGCCAAUGUGGGUGCUGCUGGGCUUUUUCGGCUGUGGCAGCCAUGGAAGGAAUUACCCAGCUUAAAACUGGCAAGUUGAUCUCUCUAUCAGAGCAAGAACUGGUUGACUGUGAUACUAGCGGCGAAGAUCAAGGCUGUGAGGGUGGUCUUAUGGACAAUGCCUUUGAUUUCAUCCAGCAAAACCACGGCCUCUCAACUGAAACUAACUAUCCUUACAGUGGAACUGAUGGGACAUGCAAUGCCAACAAAGAAGCAAAUCAUGCAGCCACGAUAACCGGGCACGAGGAUGUGCCUGCAAAUAGCGAGAGUGCGCUGCUAAAAGCUGUUGCAAAUCAACCAAUCUCCGUUGCUAUUGAUGCUAGUGGUUCGGACUUCCAGUUCUACUCAAGUGGUGUUUUUACUGGACAAUGUGGAACUGAAUUAGAUCAUGGAGUGACUGCUGUAGGCUAUGGCACCGCUUCUGAUGGAACCAAGUAUUGGCUGGUGAAGAACUCAUGGGGUACAAUCUGGGGCGAAGAAGGUUACAUAAGGAUGCAAAGAGGCAUCAAGGCCAAAGAAGGCCUCUGCGGCAUAGCAAUGGAGGCUUCAUACCCAACUGCUUAAAAGUCAAAAACAAGCAGAAACAAUGGCUUAUGUAUAUAAAUAUGAAUCAUGCAAGCACUGAAAAUAUAUCCCGCCGUGCAAGAACUUGUAUAUUGUAAACAGCUUGGUCAUAUUAAUCUCUGAACUAUGCUUAUUUUAAAUUUGAAGUUCUGACCUCUUCUCUUGUUA